AUGCUGCACUGGAUCCUAUACAUCCUCCUCGUCCUUGUGGCAGUCCUAAAAUGCGCAGCGACAAUCUCAGCCCAUCGCUACCGCAAAGCCCACGGUCUCCACCUCGCUCGCCCUCUUAGGCAAACCGAAAAGAUCCUCGGCCUCACACUCUUCAAGCGCAUGCAACAAAACGCAAAAGACGGUGUAUCUCUUCAAAGCCACCACGAAAGUACGAAGACCGACGGCCCAACCAUCUCAGCUGUCCUCCUCGGCAAAAGCUUCAUAUCCACCUCUGACCCCGCAAAUAUCAAGGCUAUCCUAGCUACCAAGUUCGCCGACUUCAAUUUGGGCGAAAGGAGCGAUGCCUUCCGACCCUUCCUGGGACAUGGAAUUUUCACCGAGGAUGGAACCGAAUGGGAGCGGAGCAGGGCGCUCAUCAGGCCGACUUUCAGCAAAGCGCAGUUUUCUGAGCUGCCGAUUAUCGAGCAGCAUGUGCAGAACCUCCUAGCGAGAAUCCCGGGCAAUGGUGAGACUGUUGAUCUGCAGCAGCUAUUUUUCAAUUUUACGCUCGACAGUGCAACGCAUUCGCUUCUUGGCCGGCCUGUUGGGUUCCAGUUGAGUCCGCCGGGUUCAGACGCUGAGAAGUUCUCGCGGGCAUUCGACGAUGCCCAGGCUUACCUCCAGGUAAGGGCAAAGCUAGGUCCCUUUCGGGGGCUUGUGAGAAAUAAGGCGUUCGAUGAGGAUUGCCGCGUUGUACACAAGGCUGUUGAUGGGUACGUCUCUGAGGCUCUGAGCCAACGAAUGGCUCUAGAACCGGGCCCGGUAAAUAAGUAUAAUGAGAACGAGAAAGAAAGAUACGACCUCCUCACCGAGCUAGCAAGCAGCAUAAGCGACGGUGUACAAAUCCGCAACGAGCUACUGAAUGUGCUCCUUGCCGCACGGGACACGACGGCUAGUUUGCUGAGCAGUGUGUUCUUCAUGCUUGCGAGGCAUCCAGAGGCUUGGAGGAGGCUGGAGAGGGAAGUGCUUCUGGAGUUUGGACUCACGCCUCAAUCUCAUGAACAAGGGCAAGGGCAGUGCCCGUUACCGACGUAUACCCAGCUCCGGGAGAUGAAAUAUGUGCGAGCUGUGCUGAAUGAAGCCCUCCGCCUCUUCCCCCCUGUCCCCACAAACAUCCGCUGCGCGACACGACACACAUCUCUCCCACGCGGCGGAGGCGCCGACGGCUCUGAGCCAAUAUUUGUCUCCAAGGGGACGAUCGUGCACUACUCCAUCUGGACAAUGCACCGCUCGACAGAGAUCUACGGUCCUGACGCAGAGGAGUUUCGGCCGGAGAGAUGGCUGCAGACUGAAGAAGCCCCGCUGCGUCCGGGCUGGGGCUUCCUGCCCUUCAGCGGAGGGCCGCGCAUCUGCCUCGGACAGCAGAAGGCGCUGACGGAGGCGGCAUAUGUUGUUGUGAGACUUGUGCAGAUGUUUUCUGGUGUUGAGAGUAGGGAUACCAGGCCUUGGAGGGAGCAUAUGGGGUUGGUGCUUAGCAGUUAUCAUGGGGUUAGGGUUGGGUUGAAGCCUAGGUGA